AGUCUCCUCGACACCCCGGCGGGGUAGUUUCACUGACAACCGCUAAUAUUGAGAAUAUGACCCGCAGAUCAUUCAUUGAUCCCUUGAUCGGAAUGGCUCAUUUUAGAAUCUGAUCGAUCGAUGCUCGGAUGGUGGAUUCUCGGAGCGGAGACGGCGGCAUCCUCACAGCCUUUCCCUCUUUCCUGAGAAGGUGAAGCCUCUAUAAUAACACCGAGAGCCGCUAUGAGGCGAAUAACGGGAAAAACCAAAGAAGAAACUUUGAUCGAGCUGCAGAGCGCCACAGACUCACAAACUGCAGCGCCUCUGCCUGGAAACACAGAGACGGAGAAGCUGCAACCAAACAGAGACACGGUGUUCUUCAGGGAUGGAGUGCGCAGAAUAGACUUUGUGUUGUCUUACGUAGAUGAUAAAGAUGAGAAGAAACAGGAAAGGAGGAGGGAAUUUGAGGCCAACCUUGAGAAAAUCGGUCUGGAGCUGGAGACAGAGGACAAAUCGGAUGCCAAAGACCAGAAGACAUAUUUCUUGAAGAUCCACGCUCCUUGGGAUGUAUUGGCCACCUACGCUGAUGUCUUAAAGAUCAAAGUUCCCUUCAAAGAGAGCGACAUUCCCCAUAGUCAGGAUGUCCCAUUGGAGUGGCUCUCCUGGCCCUUUCGCCUGCCAGACCACAUUAUGCACCCACAACCUGACUAUUUCACCUACCACUUUGACAAGACCAAGACUGACUUCUUCCUCAUCAAUGACAAAGACACGUUCUUCCCACCAUCCAACAGGAACAGAAUUGUGUUUUACAUCCUGGCGCGUUGUCCAUACUACAAUGAGGGCCGUAAAGAUAAAGACAAGACAGGAAUCAAGCGGUUACUCAGCAAUGGGACAUACACAGCAGCUUUUCCACUUCAUGACUGCCGCUACUGGAAACGAGCAAGAAACGCCGAGUGUGAGAGUGAGCGCUACAACCUGUACCAUCACUGGGCCAGAUUCCUCUGUUUCUACAAGGAGCAGCCUCUGAACCUUAUCAGGAAGUAUUAUGGGGAGAAGAUUGGGAUCUAUUUUGCCUGGCUGGGCUUCUACACAGAGAUGCUCUUCUUCGCAGCUGUCAUGGGCUUCAUAUGUUUUACUUAUGGAGUGCUCAGUUACGAUGACAACGUAUCAAGCAAAGAAAUAUGCGAUGCUGAGGUUGGAGGGAGCAUUGUGAUGUGUCCUCUUUGUGAUAAAAAGUGCCCUUUUUGGAAGCUCAACUCCACUUGCCUCUCAUCCUGGCAAUCCCAUCUGUUUGACAAUGAGGGGACAGUGUUCUUCGCCAUAUUUAUGGGGAUAUGGGUAACCCUGUUUUUGGAGUUUUGGAAGCGGCGCCAGGCCCGGCUGGAGUACGAGUGGGACUUGGUGGACUUUGAAGAGGAGCAGCAGCAGCUUCAGAUCCGCCCAGAGUUUGAGAUCAGAUGCAACAAUAGAAGACUCAACAAGAUCACACAGGAAAUGGAGCCAUAUCUCCCCAUCAGCAGCAAGUGUGCUCGUUUCUGCCUUUCUUCAGCCACCGUUAUAUUCUGGAUUUCUCUGAUUGUGGCCUGUAUCAUUGGGGUGAUAGCCUACAGGUUGGCUGUGUAUGCAGCCUUUGCAAGUAUCAUUAAAGACCCAAUGAGAAAGAUCCAGUUGGUGGGCAGAUUUAUCACUCCACAGCUGGCUACUUCGGUCACUGCUUCCUGCAUUAACUUUGUCAUCAUCAUGAUCCUAAACUUCUUUUAUGAGAGGGUGGCCAUCUGGAUCACUGACAUGGAAAUCCCCAAAACUCACCUGGAGUAUGAAAACAGGUUGACGAUGAAGAUGUUUCUGUUCCAGUUUGUCAACUACUACUCCUCCUGCUUCUAUGUUGCCUUUUUCAAAGGAAAAUUUGUGGGUUAUCCUGGUAAAUAUUCAUACAUGUUUGGCAGCAAACUGAGGAACGAGGAGUGUGAUCCUGGAGGCUGUCUGAUAGAGCUGACCACUCAGCUGGUGAUUGUCAUGGCUGGGAAGCAGUUAUGGGGAAAUGUUCAGGAGGCUCUGCUGCCGUUAAUGCGGAACUGGUGGAGUAGCAGAAAGGGAAGGCACAAUCCAGAGAACCACUACAGCCGCUGGGAGCAGGACAAUGUUCUGCUGAACUUCAGCCAGCUGGGCUUAUUCUAUGAGUACUUGGAGAUGGUGAUCCAGUUUGGAUUCAUCACCCUGUUUGUGGCCUCCUUUCCCUUGGCCCCCCUCCUGGCUCUGUUUAACAACAUCCUGGAAAUCAGGGUAGACGCUUGGAAGUUCACCACCCAGUUCAGGCGACCAGUGGCAUCCAAGGCCCGAAACAUUGGAGCCUGGCAGGAGAUCCUGAAUGCAGUGGCCAUUUUGUCUGUUGUUACCAAUGCUUUCAUCAUGGCCUUCACCUCUGACAUGAUCCCCCGUAUGGUGUAUCUGUAUGCCUACAGUAAAGAGGCCAGUAUGAGGGGUUAUGUCAACAACAGCCUGUCAAUAUACAGCAUUUCACAGAUGCAGGAGAAGAAUAUGCCAGAGGAUGACUGGCAUAACAACACCACGACCAACUGCAGGUACCGGGACUACCGGUACCCUCCAGGCCAUGAGAGAGAAUACAUGCACACUAUGCAGUUCUGGCAUAUCCUGGCUGCCAAAAUGGCCUUCAUCAUCAUCAUGGAACAUGUGGUCUUCGUGGUGAAGUUCUUCGUGGCGUGGAUGAUCCCCGACGUGCCGUCUGAUGUGAAGCUGCGGAUCAAGCGGGAGCGCUACCUGAUUCAAGAAUACCUCCAUAACUAUGAGGUGGAGAAGCUUAAACUCCAGCUGAGCGCCAGCUUCAUCACAGAGACCAGGUCGGAACUGACCGUGACGCCGGACAGGCAUGAAGUGCUGUCCGAGUGCCUGUAGCCUCUCUGACCUCACCCCUGACUCAACAUUGGUGGAGCUUCUGUUUGGCUUUGAAAUAGAAGCACUAUUUCUUCACCAUUGAAUGGAUGAACACUUACCAAGAUGUGCUCCUAUCAGAGGACUGAUUCAUGUAGAGAAGAGGUGGGCAACGCUGCUCCUCCAGGGGCUGCUGUGCUGCAGGUUUAUGACGUUUACCAUCCUCUAUACUCUUGACUCUGUUCAAAAAUCUAUUCAGUGUUAAGUUCUGCACAGCCCUGCCAAAAGUUUCAAAGUUGCAAGACGGCGGCCCAUGAGAGCCAGAGUUGCCCACUUGUGAUAUGGAGGCAUUUAAAAAAAUAGUGUUUUGCUUAAAAGCAAUUUAACAAUGGAUCUUUAUGCCAUGCAAAAUUAAAUUAAAAUUUCUGAGAAUAUCAUGUGAAACUUGGUGUCGAUACCUAAAAGAGUUUAUUGUGCCGCUAAUUUGUUUGCAUGGAGAGAGUAUAAGAUGAAGGGCCGAUGUAUUUAUUAAAUAUAUACGUCAGUUAUUAAAAUGUGAUCGGUACUUCAUCUGCUAGUACUAUGAAUGUAAAAAACACUGACAUUCAAAUGUCUAAAUAUUUGAUGACUCUAGAAGGCUGCACUAUAUCAAUAGUAAUACAUAAUACUGAUAAAUAGAUUUAUAGCUUAACUAAAAGAUGUAUGUAACAUUUGCUACUGUUUUUGAGAAGAACUUUUUUUUUUUUUAAAGAAAAGUGUAUUUGAAGACUACAUACCUCCUUUAGGCUGCAGGAAAAUGUGCUCAGCCUCCAUAGAUUCACAUACCUUCCUCUGCAUGUGUUACAAGCUUGCUACGGGACCAACUACAAAACUUCAACCAACAAGAGAAGAAUAACUGGAGAAGAAGCCAGGCAGAUCUGCACAGAUCCUGUGUCUCAUGCAAUCAUUUCAUCACCUAUGCGGAUUAGUUAAGGGUGAUACUUUAUCAGCUUUUAUAAGCCGAUGCAAAAAAAAUUUCUAUCUUACGUUUCUUGAUUUGUGAAUUGUUACAGUCUGCUUCUUGUAAAAACACAGAAAGGAGAGCUUCUGUUCUCAGUGGGAUACAUGCAAUGUGCAGCAAUUCCGUGUCAUUAAACAGUUUGCACCUCAUGCUGGUAUUAACGUUUUGCUGUAAAUGUAAAGAAAAUUCUAUUGAAAUAGGUUGUAUGCAGUUAAUUUAUUGAUUGCUUUCUGCGCUGUAGCUGGAUUCUGCUGCGAUUACUCUACAAUUCUCAUUUAAAUCUUUCUUGUUCAUCACUUUUAAAAAGUGACUCCUGCUUUGUAAAUACUCACCAACCAGCGUUUUUAAAAAAGUUUUUACAGUGAGUUUUGUUUGUUAAAAAAAAGACACAUUGUUUUUUUCAACGGAUGAGAUAAGUGGGAAAAAUACUACAUACUUUGAAGCCAACUAGCAGAUGAAGUAUGGAUCAGACACAGUACAUUUGAUGAUCAGAUUUUUGUAGUUAUGUUCAAACCUCUGUGUGACUUAACAUGUAAAUAUUACAGCCAUUAUUCAAGUUAUCAUCAAGAUAUCUUUGACAGAAGUAGCUCUACAACUGCCUCACCAAACUCAGGAUGGAACACACUCUAAUGUUGUGUGAGCAUCACUUCUUCCGGUCCGCGUCAGGAGUGUUAGAGCUUUACAGUUUGGUCCUGCGAGGUGCAUGGUGACUUUUCCGACAAACCAAUGCCUUAAUAUCUAUCUUUACUUGCUUUUUGUAUGCUUUUGUAAAGACAGGUUUCCUAUCUGAUUCCAGAACAUUUUUCGUAUCACUCUUUGCCGCUGUUUGUGGUUUGCCAUAGUACGUGUUCUGUGCAUGAACGAUUAUGAUGUAAAUGUUUUGUUUCCUUCUGAGUUCACUGUGAUCUGUUGGUCAGGAAUAUAAAACUGAUGAUAUUAACAAUAAACAAUGAAAUAAC